GUCAUCAUCAUGCGUCGGAAGUGGUUCGGGAGCUGGAGCUUCGUCGCGCUGAGCUGGCUCAUCUGACUUGUGUACCUGGCUGUGACUGUCUCUCCGGGUUUGUUGUUGUGGAGGCCGAUGUUACAGAGAGGAGUCUUUUGGUUCAGCUUAACAGCAGGUGCAAAGCGUACAUACUCUGUUUUAAUUGGCCAACUUUCCCCCAAGGCCAGGUACUAUUCUGAAGUCUUGACGAGAUGGAUUCCGCGAAUCAAGAUAUUAACCUCAACUCUCCCAACAAAGGCCUGAGGGCGGGAGUGCCUGUGGAAGGAGCAGCAGGUAACACCGCCAGUACGCUCCCUCCUGGCCUGACUGAAGAGGAGGCAGAGGAGCUGAGGACAGAGCUCAUCAAGGUGGAGGAGGAAAUAAACACCUUGAGGCAGGUUCUGUCUGCCAAAGAGAAACAUGCUUGGGACCUUAAGAAGAAAUUGGGCCUUAGUCCACUCCAUGAGUUCAAACAGAACAUUACCAAAGGCUGGCAGGACGUCCAGACCUCCAAUGCAUAUCUUUCAGCAUCUGCAACUUUGGAGGACAUAAGCCGAUCUGAAGCGUACAGGAAGACUCAGGAAACGCUGUCUCAGGCUGGCCAGAAGACCUCAGCAGCGCUCUCCACCGUGGGCACUGCCAUCAGCAAGAAGCUGGGCGAUAUGAGAGCUCUGCCUUUCUCAAACUCAUUUGGUAGCAACUACUCCAUUCGCCACUCAAUAAGUAUGCCUGCAAUGAGAAACUCUCCCACCUUCAAGUCCUUUGAGGAUAAAGUCGGAAACCUAAAGUACAAAAUGGCUGGGGGCCAAGGAAACGGUGAAGAAGCGCACUCUGCAACUGUGCCAAAUCCUGUUCAGGACAACGCCCCGCUCUAAAGCGCCUCUGCAUGGGACUGUCCCGUCAGUGCAUUUCCACGUGACCCCGAACCCUGCGCCCCCACAGUCUCUCAGAUGUUUGGACCCCCUGCCCCCUCACAUACUAAACGCAUGGGCAUAUCUCAUCUCACUGUACAAAUACAGCUGCAAAUAAAUGCAGAGGUGCAUUAGAUCAACACAAGUUGUACAAAUAUUUAACCAUUUUGUAUUAUGAACUAUUUUACACUGCUUUGCAUAAUGUUUUUACAUAACUUUUAUCAAUAUAUAAAUAUAUAUAAAUAUUUACACUGUAUUGCCAUCUGGCAUUCAUUGGGUGGUAGGGGGCUUAAAAUACACAAAGGAAAACCGUACUUUAAAAGAUAUUAGAAAUACACAUAUAGUAAACUUGCUUUCAAUUUUGUAACUUAAAAUACUCCACUUAGUCCCUUUUUUACACUGGGUACAAUGUGAAGCAAUUAUGCUGUGCACCAGGAGAAUGUGUAAUCUUGAGUACCAGCCUUACACAGUAUCACUUCUUUGCUUUAUCUGUUAUUUAAGGGAUGGGUUUUUUUUUUCCUUUUCAGUCUACUGAGGGAUGGCAAGGACCAGUGCUUUUGCUACUAUAGGAUAUGUUCCUUGAUGCUUGCUUUGUGCCAUACACUAACAAUUAGCUUUCAUGUGGAGAGUUGCCAUUGUAACACAGCCGUUAUCGCACCACCAAUGCCACACUUUUGUUAUUUUGUGAAGCAGUUUUGGUAUGCACUUAUGAACUGCACAGAGAAAGGCUGUUACGGAUUUGUGUAAUGAUUUGUCUACAUGCCAUUGUGUUUCUUUCGGUAGCAGUUUCUGUUGUGAACGUCAUUUUACGUAUUUUGUGUUAUCCAGCUUAGGGUUUUCUGUUCUCCCAUUAAUUUUUGUUAAACUUUUUGUGUGUGGAUGGUUUACGACAGUUUGAUUUGAUUGAUUUCAUUUGGGGAGUUGUCAAACUGCCUUUAAAAAAACUGCUACCAAUAUUUUGCCACCUAUUGUAGUUGGCUGACCUUCAUUCAAUUAAUACGCUUACUACCCCACCCAAAUAGUUAUCAUAACCAUCACGAGUUUGUGUUGAGCUACAAAUGUUCCACAUGUAUGCACACUACCAUAGGAUGCUAAGGGUGAAGACAUUGUUGAGAUGAGCUAAUAUACUAGUCAGUGUAGGUGCAAUAAAAUAGCUUUAUUAGGUUAUGAACAUAAUUGUAGAUAUUAAAGGGAUCUGAUUGUUUAGCUGGUUUAAAAAUAUGAAUGAGGAAUGAAGUUUGAAUAUCAUUAAAGCAUUCAUUUUAAACAA